GUCGCGGUAAAAUUUUGCAAUUACGAAAAAAAAUUGAGGAACUGGAAUCACAAGUUUCACAAAAAGAUGCAGAGUUACAGCAAAAAGUCUCUGAACUGGAAGCACAGCUUCAGCGUGGAUCUGAAAUUGAUGCCAUGCUAGUUGAGAAGGAUAGAAAACUGGCAGAGAAGGAAGCUUACAUCAUUGAACUUCAGCUUGCAACUGCAUCUGACAGCCAUGUUCAGCGUAUUGCUUCACAUCAAGGAGAUGGUCAGGAUCUGUCUUCUGAAAACAGUGCUGCAGAACAAGGCAUGCAGGCUUUGAUUCAGAAUUUGACAAGAAAGAUUGGUGAUAGUGAAGAAAGGUGCAGUCUUCUCCAGGAGCAGGUUGAAAGCUUAAAAAAUCACCUCACCAGGGAAAAGGAACAGUUCCGGGAAAGGGAAGCCAUGUAUGCAGAAAAUAUACGAGUGUUUCAAGAAAUUAUACAGAAAAAAGAGCAGGAAUUGAUGGAGCAGGCCCAGAAACACGAGCAGGAGCUUUUUAAACUUGCUGCGAAAUCUGAUGCUAGUGCUGACUUGGAACAGUUGCUGAAGGCCCUGAAACAGAAGUUACAUGAAAAGGAAGAGGUGCUUCAGGCCCGUGCUCAGGUGGUGGAUAUGAUGCAGAAGGAACUAGAUAGCAGAGAUCUACAAAUAAAGGAAAUGGCUGAAAAGGUGAAACGUGCUCAACUGGAAAAAGAUGAUCUGCAGUCAAAACUGGAAGCUGAGAAACAUGUUAUGAGAGCUCAAAUUAGGGACUUGAUGGAGAAGCAUAGUAUGGACUUAAAAAACAUUACACAAAAGCAUAGUGCAGAGCUGCAAGACAUUAGGGAAAAACAUGAAACAGAACUUUCAGAGAAAGAUCAAGCUCUGCUGCAGCUUCAACAACAGGUUCAGAGUCUGAACAGUGGGAAUGGUCCUGCACCAGAAAACUGUGGCCCUGUGGAUCGUACAGUACAGCAAAAGAUGGAGGAACUAGAAGAUCAGGUGAAACUAAAAACUAUGGAUGCGAGCAGAUCUGAGGCUAAACUCCUGAAAAUGAAAGCUUGGUCCAAAUCUAGAAUCAAACAACUGGAGGAUGAGCUAAAGGCUGCAAUGACUUCCAGCAGUACUGAACUGGAAUCCUUGAAGAAUCACAUUGUUGAACUGGAGAAAGAAAAUGGAGAGAUGCAGUUAAAGCUAGAAGAGCUUCCUCAUCUUAUGAACAUAAACCAAGAACUUCUGGAAAAGUUGGAAAUCUAUGAGGAACAGCAGAGAAAAAUACAAGCAGAUCUCGAACAAGUUACAAAAAGAGCGGCAUCACAGACAAGUGAAUCUGGCAGUGUGGAAGAACUGCAGGGGCAACUGUUUGAGUGGCAGGAAAUAAACGCUGAUCUGCAAAUCCCACAAGAUGAAUUGAGGGAAGAAAAGUCCAGCAUGGUUCUACGAAUGGAACAUAUUGACGAGGAAAGAGAAGCCAUAAUCUCAGGGCAGCAGGAGCUGGAGGAGGAACUGGCCGGAGUUCGAAGUUCCAAGCAGCGAAGUCGAAGAAAAAGGACAAGGAACAUGAGACAGUGUGAGGAUGGGGAAUAUGAAUAUGAUGGAAGACAGCACUAUCCAGAUUCUGGUAACCUAAUGGAAAGCACAGAUUCAGGAGAAGGGGAGAAUAUGGGAGGUUGGUGGCCUGAGUGCACUUCACCUAAUGCAGGACUCCGGGCUCUGGUAGAAGAAUUGGAAAUGGAAAGGAAUCGCUUGCAAGAACAAAUCUUUGCACUUGAGGAGCACUGCCAGGACUUGGAGGAUCGAUUGCAACUUCAGACUAAGAUGGAGUCUCUCCAGUGUGAGAAUGAACGAUUGCAAACCCAACUAUCUCAGCUGCGUUCUCAACAAACUCGAGAUUCAGAGAAGCACCAGCAGAUGAUUUUCAGCUUAAACGAACAGCUAAAAGGAAUAAGUGACAAGAAAGAUCUUCUUCACACAUCUCUUGCGGAAAAAGAGCAGUCAUUGUCAGAAAUUUCUGAGAAGCUGGAGCAAAAUGAAAAAGUUAAGGAAAUGCUUCAUGAAAAAGAAAUUAUAAACCGUGAACUUGGGGAAACGCUUUUACAGACAGAUCUAAAAUUGGAUGAAGUUACCAAGAAGCGUGAUGCGUAUGAAGCAGAAUGUGCUGCCUUGAAAGUUACAGUUUCUGAGUUGAAUGAAAAAGUAACAUUACUCAAAGAAAAGGCAGUGAAACAAGAAACUACAGCAGAAAAAUUGCAAAAGGACUUGGACCAAACCAAUGAUGAACUAGAUAGACUCAAUUCAAGUCAUUUGGAGGAGAGGGCUCAGCUUAUAAAUGACCUUCAAAGCUGUGAGAGAGAGAUGGACAGCCUUAAAGAAAUCGUUGUGGAUAAAGAUAAGGAAAUUGCUGCCUUGACUGCAAAUGUAUCCGAGUAUUCUGAACAAAUUAUUGUGUUACAGCAGUGUAUUAAGCAAAAAGAACAACAACUAGGAGAAAUGGAAGACGUUUUGUCUAAGAUGGAAUGUGAGCUUCAUUUGCAUAAAGAAAUGCAGACUUCUGGAGCAGAUAAUAUGAAAACAACAGUCUCUGCUCUAAAUGAGGAACUUCAUGAGCUAAAAUUAGAAAUAACUCAUGCAAUAGACCAGAGAGAAUCAAAAUCCAAAGAAGUGGAAGAACUUAUGAAGCAAAUCGAAGAAAACAAUGAAACAAUUCAGAACCUGCGUUCUGAAAUUCAAAAACAGAUUGUGAUGCAUAAGAACCAUACAGUGCAGUGUGAAGCUCAGAUUUCUUCCCUUAAAGACCAGAUCAGCAUUGUAGCUCAAAAGCAUGAAGAAAGGAAUACUAGAAACAAGACAGAAAUUCAGGAUCUGAAAAAACAGGUUAAAGAAAACAGUUCUGCCAAAGACAAAGCAUGUAUGUUACUGAAGAAGGAUGAAAAAUGUCUAAGUUAUGAGGAAGAAUUAAAGUCUACAAAAGAUCAGUACAAUACCAUUGUUGAAGAAAUUAAGAGAAAAGAUGAAGAGUUGUUCCAGUUAAGAAAACAAAAUGCUGAACAUAUUGAACAAUAUGAGAUAGUUAAAAAGGCAUUAGCAGAGAAAACUCAAGUUGCUGCCUUGCUAGAAGAGAAGAUUUGUGUUCUUCUGAAGGAAGUUGCAGAUGCAAAACUGAAGCUAGAAGAUGGACUUCAGGUCAGGAAAGCACAGUGCGAGAGGUUACAGGAACAAGUGAAUGAAAAGGCUGAAUCAGUCAGCAGACUGGAAAGUGAACUCAUAAUCUUGAAGGUGGCAAAUGAGGAACUUCAGAAAAAACUCGAAGAAAAGGAAAAGCACCUUGCAGAGCAAGUUAAUCUGGUUGUAGAACAGAACAUGAAAUUUAUGGAACAUUCUCAAUCAAUGGAGACAUUGGAAAACAAAACACAAACAUUAACUAGAGAUUUGGAAACUUUAAGAAAAAAGACAAGUGAAAUGGAGCAUGACCAUGAAAAUCAGUCUCACCUUACAAGAGAACUGCAAACUAAAAUAGCUGUAACGGAGCAGAAAUAUUUAGAGUAUCAGGAAAGAAAUAUUGAAUUGCAUAAAAACAAUGAAGAUCUGCUUUCAAAGACUGAGCAACUGCCUGUGAUUAUAAAGCAAAAGGAAAGUUCAUUUGCAGACCAGCUAAUGCAGAAAGUUGAUGAAUGCCAUAGUUUAAAGAUGGAACUUUCUGAACUUAAAAAUAAAGGCAAUCAUUUGCAAGAGCAGUUGCAGUCAUUGAAAACACAGCUUGAGCAAGUUCAACGUGAAAUCACAGGAAACUGUGAUUUGUUUAACAGUGAAGAUGUUGAAAACAGUGAUGUAGUCCAUAGUCAUAAUCAACAGCAGGAUAUUUUCUGUUUGCUGCAAAGACGGAUAGCUUCAUUAAAAAGGAACUUUGAAGAAAAAGACAGAGAUUUGCAGGAAAAAUUCUUGGAGUAUGUUGGUAGUCAAGAACGCGAAAAGCAGAAUCAAGCCAGCUUGGUCAGAUUAGAUAAUGAAGUCCAGGCACUAAAGAAUGAAAAUGAAAAUCUGAACAGAUAUUUACAAGAAAAAGAGUCUGCCUUAGAAAUUAGUUUACACAAGAUCAGUGAUCUUGUUAGGCAACUUGACCAGGAGAAAGAAGAAAAUGUUGUACUAAACAGCAAGUUUGAAACCGUAAGUGUGGAAGUCAAAAAACUCAGGCAGGCAAAGGAUGAAAUUGGUGUUGCGUUAAGUAACAAGACAAGUGAAUAUGAUGCUCUCCAGUCUCAGACUUCACAGUAUCAGUCUUCAGCUGCAGUUUUGCAAGAUCAAAUUUUAAUAAUCAGCUCUGAAAAGGAAAAGCUGAAAAAUGAUCUUGUUGAAAUUGGCACUGAAUUAAAUCAGAAGUCAAAUGAGAUUAUAUCUCUUCAGUUGCACAUUUCCCAGCAGGCUGGAGUCAUACUUUCACUUAAGGAGGAAAUCAGUAAUCUAAAGUUAGAAAAAAAGAACGUGACUACUCUUUUGCAGGAGAAAGCAGCAGCAGAAGUAUGUCAAAAGGAGCAGCUGCUUCAGCAGAUGCAGCUGAAGGAAACUGAAGACAAACGCACCAUCCAGCAAAUUGCGGGUCUUGAAAAUCAACUUAAGGACAUGGUUUGUGAAAAUGCACAGCUGAAGCAUGCUUUACAGGAAAAAGAUAUUUCACUAGAGCAGCAAAUCAGAGAAAUAAAACUACUAAGAGAUAAAGCAGAAGAAAUUACAAUAUUGAAGGUUCAGCUGAUAGAGAAUAUGGAAAUGAUCUCUAAACUUCAGAAUGAACUACAGAACAUGAUCAGGAAAUCAGAAGAUUUACAGUGUCACCUUGCAGAAAAAGAGGCAGUCUUAAAAGAAAAGGAAGAUCAACGUGGAGACUGGGAGUCAAAACUUUCAGAAAUGGAAAAUUUAGAUGCUGAGCUGAAAAAGCAAGUACAUUCUUUGAAUUACGAAGUUGACACAUUAAAAGCUGCUGUUUUAGAAAAGGAUAAGGCUGUCAGGACUUUAAGUGAAAAUACAUCAGUGUCUAUGGGAGACCUGCAGUUAAAACUGCAGACUAAAGAAGCUGAAUGUGAAAUCUUAUGCCAGCAGGUUGUAGAGCUUAAAGAGACUACAUCGAAUCUGCAAAAUGAAGUAAAAAAUCAUGAAAGUGAUAUUAUUCAAAUUAGAAAAAAACUUUCUGAAAGGGAAGUUUCCAUAGUAGAACAAGCAGAGCUAAUUAAGCAGCAAGAAGAAAAAGCAAGCCAAAUGGAGCUCUAUAAGUCUCAGUAUGAAGAAAGCAAACAAAUGAUUUCUCACCUACAGAAACAGAUCUGUGACAUGACCUCAUCAGUGAAAACUCUAGAAACCUCAAUCCAAGAGAGAGAGAAUGCAUUUUCAGAUCUUCAGGAAAAAUAUGCUGUACAGGCAGAAACAUUGCAUGACCUCCGUGCAGUACUUGCAAUAAAGGAAGCUUGCCUGUCAGAAUUGAAGUGCUGUUGUGAUGAAAAAGAUGCCAAAAUACAUCUUUUGGAGACCAGUGUUAGUACAGAGAUUGCCACACUUAGAAAAAAUCUUGAAAUGAGUCAGCUGUCCUUGAGAAACAGCACUGCCCUUCUGGAGCAGAAAGAUAAUGACCUUGCAACCCAACAGCAUAAGUUAAAGUCAUUAAUGUCUGAACUGCAUCUGGUAAACUCGGAAUAUAAGAAAGCAGUGGAGCAAAUAAAUAUGUUGAAGCAGAACAUGCAGGAAAAAGAUGCUGCUUUGCAUUCUCUUAAGGCAGAUUAUGCAUGUCAGAUGGAGAGUGUUCAGAACCUUAAAAAAGAUUUGGAGAAUGUAAAUCAGACAGUUUCCCGGGAAAGACAGGAAAAAGGCAUUUUAAUUGAGAGCCUUCAGCAGCAACUUGAUUCCAUAGCAAAUGAAAAAGGAGGUUUAAAAAAAGCUAUUGAUGAUCUCCGUGCUGAAAAUGAGGUUAUUGAAGCUGUGCAUAAGAAACAGUUGCAGCAACAGUCAGAAAAUCUGCAGAUGAUUUGCAGAAAAAUAGAAAGUAGCAAGAUUGAUGCAGAGGAAGAUGGUAAAGUAAUGCUGAAACAGAUGGAGUUUGAAAAGGAAGAACUUGUGAGCCAGGUUAGUGUUAAGGAUGAAGAAAUUGCUCAGUUAAAAAUACUCCUUCAGAAAACAGAUCAGAGGUUGCUAGAAUUUGAAAGUAGACUAGCUGAUCAAGACAAGGAAGUACAUCAAAAUGUGAUUCUUACUGAGCAACUGAGCAAUUUGGAAAAAGAUGUGACAUCAAAGGAUGUUAAAAUUGAGGUUUUGAAGGAAGAAUUGGAUAAAUUGCAGAAAAACUUUACUCAGACUAUAUCUGCACUGCAGAAGACUGAGGAAGUCCUAAAAGAAGAAAAAAGUUUGGCAGUCUCAGAAAGUGCUCAGCAAGUUACCAGAAUGCAAAACCAGCUGGAUAAACUUGAUACUGACAGGUUGAACAAAGAGAUGGAAGUUACAGAGUUAACAAAGUUGCUUUUAGAAAAGGAAAAAGAGCUUAAAGAUUUAAGACAGGAUAACUUAGGUCUCCGAAGCAUAUCAGAUGUGACUGAGACUAUGUCAGAAAAACUUAAGCACUUUGAGGAAGAAAAUCAUUUUCUUCAAAAUGAAUUAAUGCAAUCCAAUUCAAGGCAAUCAGAAACUGAUUCUCUUAGAAAUGAGGUAUCAUAUAUGAAAGAAGCCCUUUGCCAGCAUCAGAUUGCUUUAUCUGAAAGAGAUGAGUCUUUGAAAAAGGUAAAUGAAGAAGUAGUGCAGUUAAAACACAAACUGGAAGCAUCAGAAAGAGAGGUCAACAUUACUUCAGAAAAAUUGAAUGUUGAAGAAAAAAUGCAUCUUGAACAUCUCAAAGAUUGUAGGAAGAGCGAAGACCUUAUUCAGAGCCUAACUUUAGAAAUUGACCAGCAGAACAACUCAAUUAUUUCCUUGAAUCAGCAGCUAAAAGAAAAGGAUAUUUCAUUCGCUCAUAUUAAUGAUUCUUUGUCCAGUAAAAUUACUGAGAUUUCAGAAGAGAAGGUGCAGUUAGUUGGCAAAUUAGAGGUUCUGGAGAGUGUCCACUACUCUUCUGGUGAAGAAAUACAACACCUAACAUUAAAACUGGAAGAGUGUCAAAAUAAGAUGGAAAAACAGCAAUCUCUGUUAAAUUCAAGGGAGGCAGAUUUCCAGUCGGUGCUAAGUGAAAAAGAGCAAAUGAAUGUGCAGCUGGAGAAAUUGGGCAAAGAGAGGGACAAUCUAAAAAAGAAGCUGAAUGCUGUGCUAAUAGUAAGAAAAGAUCUAAUGAAAAAAAAUGAGAAUUUAGAAAAGUGGAAGUCAGAUGCAGAAGAAUUAAUGAAUCAGGUGCAUGAUUUAUCAUCUAAAUUAACUUCUGCUGAAGUAAAGGUUAAAGAGCAGGAAUCCAUUGUCAGUAUUCUGAAACAGCAGCUUUUAGAAAAAGAAAAUGACAUCAGCAUCAUUAGUGAACGCCUGUCUGAGAAAGAGUCCAGUUUAGAAAAAUUGCAGAAUGAGAUCAGAAAUAUUAAUCAGCUUGCAAUGGAAAAGGAUAAACAGCACAGAGAGUUUUUGCUUGUUAACAAAGAAGCUGAAAUCAUGUUUGCUGAAAAAGAAAAAACAUUAAAAGGUGAAGUGGCAGAGUUAAAAACAAGUGUAGAAAAACUUAAAAUUGAACUGUCUAGCAAAGAACAGCUUGUGAAGAAAGCAGAAAAUGAAUUAAUGGCACGGUCUUGUAUUACUAACAAAGAAAAAGGAGAUGGAAGUAGUUUGGCAAAGGAUGAAGAAAUGUUGAAGAAAAACCUUCAAGUUUCAUUUUUGUGUUCAGAAGGUAACGCACAGAAUAUGCAAGAGAAAGGUACACAGCAGACCAAAGACUAUGAUCAGCUUUCAGCCAGUUACAGUGAAACUCUGAAAGCAUUAGAAGUUGCACAACAGCUGGCCAUGUUGCAGCAAGAAUACCAGGAGAAAUGUAAAGCAUUUGAAUCUAAAGAAGCAGAUUUUUCUGUAAUGGUUGAUGAAAAAGAAGCAUUAUUACGUGAGAUGACCAUCACAGUACAAGCCAGAGAUUCUGAGACAGAGAAAUUGAAACAUAACUUUAGUCAACUGUCGAAAGAGCACAAGGAAUUGCAGACUGUUUGUGAAAACAAAACAGUACAACUUCUACAGAAUGUCCAUGAAAUUACAGAGUUGAAACAUUCAUUUCUCAUUCUAGAGAAGCAACAUGAAGAAGAAAAAAAUGCUUUGGUUACAGAGAUUGAAAAACUAGAGAGACAGAUUAAACAUUUUGCUUCAGAGGCAGAUAGCUGUAAUAAGUCACUGGAACAUUUUCAGCAAGAGAGAGAGAGAGAUGAUAAAAUGACAGAAAUUGAGCUUAUGUCAUUAAAAGCAGAAUGUAUCAAGAUUAAAAAGGACUUGGAACAGACUAGUAUCCUUCUUGCUGAAAGGGAUGAAGAAAUUAAAAAGCUGAUCACCACCACUUCUAAUCUGCAGUCAGAGUUUGAUGGGGAGAAAUCAGCCUUGAUUGCUGAAGUAGUAAAGUUGCAGAAGGACUAUGAACAAGUCCAAACUCAAGCAAAGAACAUUGAAGCUGAGAUGAGAGAAGUUAAAAAAGAAAAAGAAGACAGUGAUUUAUCUCUGCAGAAAUCAAAUCUCGAUCUUAUUAAUCUGAAAACACAGGUAGAUUCUCUGUACAGAGAAAAAGAUGAACUUUUGUCACGGAUCAGUCAUCUUCAGAAUGAAAAAUCAGAACAAGAUUCUUUUCUAGAAAAGAUGAUAUCUCAGAAUUCUGAAAAUGAAGCUCAUAAUGAAAAAUUAUCUUGGCAGGUGGAAAUAAAAAGGCUGUUAGAUAACUUUAAAGAAAAAGAUAGUAUAAUACAGUUACUGGAAAAGAAGGUUUCAGAAAGCAGCAGACAUGCUGAAGCUCUCGAAUUACAAAUUCAGCAUCAGUCAGCAUCGUUUGAACAAGAAAAUAGAGUAAAGGUUGAAAUGCAAGAACUAAAAAAAACAGCAGAACGUACCAGUGAAAGUAAAUCAACAGAACAACUUCAAAGAAAGUUGCAGGCUGCCUUAAUUUCACGUAAGGAAAUCUUGAAAGAAAAUAAAGCACUCAAAGAAAAUAACGAGUGUUUGCUUGCAGAAAAAGAAAAUGUUUUACAGAGAAUUUAUACUCUUGAAGUUUCACUUGCUGAUCUGAACAAACAGAAGAUAAACUCAGAUACCAUUGUUUCUUCUCUGAGUAAAGAAAAGGAACAACUUACCUCAGAAGCUGACAGACUGCAAAGUGAAAAUCAGAACUUAGUAGCUGCCUGUGAAAGUCUUAAAUCCACAAUGGAGGCAAUAACUCAGGAAAAGAAAGACUUUUCUUUUCAAAUGAAUUCUUUAAAAGACUCUCAGACAGUUGAGUUAUCAGAAUGGAAAGCCAGGUACAGUGAACUAAAGCAGGAGUAUGAGUCUGUUUUGCAAGCUUAUGAAAAUGUUAUCAGGGAAGUUGAUAAAAUGCGAGAGGAUGUUGAAAUCAUGAGAAGAGAGAAGUGUGAGUUGCUUCAUAGCCUUGAUACUGUUGGCUCUGAAAAAAAUCGUUUUGAAAAGCUCUCUCAAGAAGUUGGUGGAGAAAAUGAAAAGCUAAAAGAGCAAAUGAGAUUAUUUACUCAAAGUCAGCAACAGAAAGUGAAGGAACUUGAGGAAGAAAUUAAAAUGAUGAGCAAUGAGGUUGUGUUGGCUGCUGAAAAAGGGCAUACAUAUAAGCAGAUAUCCAUACAAAAUAGAUGCCUUUUGGAAGAAAAUGUGGAGUUGAAAGAAACAUGUGAUAAGCUAAACAAAUUAGUUGAGCAUGUUCAGAAUGAAAACAAACUCAACCUAAGCGAACUAAAUACAGCAAGGUCUACAAUAGAAGACCUAGAAAUGAAAAAUGGUUACUGUCAGUCUGACCUACAGUCGAAAAUGAAUGAAGUUGUUGACAAGAACAUAUCAUUAACUGAAGAAGUCCUUUCUCUAAAGAAGGACAUUGUAAUAAAAUGUGAGACUAUAACCUUGCUGGAGCAAGAAAAAUUCUCUCUCUCUGGAAAACUAAAACAAAUGGAAGAGUUUAUAGAACAAAGAAAUGACUCUGUAUCAAAACUGCAGCAAGAAAUUAGAAAUCUCGAACAAGAGUCCUUACAUUUGGAUGAGAAGGUCCGAAUUUUAGAAGAUGACAAGUCCCUUUUGCAAGAAGAGCUUGAAAAUUUACAAGAACAUUACGAUGAGGUAAAAAAUGAGAAGGAAUAUCUUGAGACGGAGUUACUUAAAAAUUCUAAAAGGACUGACCAGCUGACAGAUGAUUUAAAGGUUCUAGAAAUGCAAAAUAAAUCCCUUUUAACUCGCAUAGACACUUUCAUUUCUGAUAAAUGCAGUCUGAUUCAAGAAAAGGAGCAGCAGCAAUUAAAACUGAUAAGAGAGUUUGAAGAUAAACUUAGGUCUUCUCAGAUAGGGAGUGUUGGAAGUAAAAACCAAACAAGGGAACUGCAGGAUUUGCUUAAGGAAAAACAAAUUGAAAUUAGUCAGUUACAGAAGGAUUCAAUUAGAUAUCAAGAGAUUAUUCUUGAUUUGCAGAAAACGGUAAAAGUGUCCACAUCAAGCCAUGAGAAACUUGAGAAAGAGCUUAACUGCUUUAAAGAAAGAUGUGCAAAAUCAGAUAAUGAUUCUAAUAUCCUGAAGAUGAAACUGCAAGAAUCUGGGCAGCAGAUAAAUAAACUGACUGAUGAGGUAGAAAAUUUUAGGGAAGAACUCCAAAAGCAGAAAAAUGAAACAAACAUUCAAAUCAGAAAAAAAGAAGAAGCAGCGCAGUUGAUUUUCAAACAGCAAAAAUCUCAGCAUGAGGAAACAGUAGCUGCCUUACAAGAAAGGCUUCAUAUUGCAGAAGAGGAACGUGAGAAGGCCAUGAUAAGGGUACAUACAUUGCAAGAAGAUGUGACUGCCAAAGAUGUACAGCAUAAAAAACUGAAAGAAGAAAUUAAUAAUAAUCUGGCAAGACUUGCUGCUUUUGCAAAAAGCAUGUCUUCUCUUCAAGAUGACAGAGACAGAGUUAUUGAGGAAGCUAAGAAAUGGGAAGUAAAAUUUAGAGAUGCUAUUCAAGAAAAAGAAAAUCAGCUUGAUAACAAAAACCAGUAUAUUUUUAAUCUUAAGAAUCUGAUUUCUGGGAAAGAUGUACAGAUUCAAGACCUUCAGAUAAAAGUUACUGGUUUAGAAGAAAGUGUGUUUGAAAUUCAGUCAAAAUUCAAGAAUAUGGAAUUGCAACAGAGAGAUGAAAUAAUAAACACAAAAGAAGAAAGUAAACAACUUUCAGAUAGACUGAAAUGGCAGGAGAAAUCUUUUGCAGACCAGGAGGAUACCAUACAGGAAUUGCUGAAGGAGAAAAAGUCACUUGCCCUUGAACUGGCCAAUGCUAAGUUAUCUUUAAAGCAGAUGGGUGUAUUAGAACAGAAAUUGGCUGAAAAAGAAGGAGAAAUCCAACGCAUUUUGUCAAACAAUGUUGAACUUUCUGCUAAUGUGCAAAAUCAAGUUGCUAUUACUCAAAAACUGAAGACAAUAUUGAACAACAAAGACACUGAAAUUACUCUUUUGAUGUCUUUAAAAGACGGAGAAAUUUCAGAGUACUUGGCACAAGUUCAGAAUCAACACAAAAAUCAGAUAAAUGAGAUUGAAAAUCAGAUGAAACAUUUACACAUGGAGAAAGUGCAAUCAGGUAAAGCUCUGGAGGAGCUCAAGACCAAUUUAGAGAAUUUGCAAAAGAAGCUAGAUAAAGCAUUGAAAGACAGAAAUCAAAUGACUGCAGAAAUUGUUGCUGUUAAGAAGUCUAUGGCUUCACUUCAGAAUGACCGGGAUCGUGUUAUGUGUCAGUAUAAAGAUUUAGAACAGUCAUAUCAUCACAGUAUAAGUAAUAAGGACAGCUCUAUUCAGGAGAUAGAAAUUGAAUGCUGUAAGGUAAAGCAAGAGAUUAGGAGCCUUCACAACCAAAUGGACGAUCUUAAUUCUGAAAAUGCUAUGCUAAAAGCACAAUUAAUAAGGUAUAGGGAGGAUCUGAAUCAGGUCCUAUCUUUGAAGGAUCAUCAGCUGAAAGAAUUACUUAAGCAGCAGCUUGACCGAAUUAAGAAUCUGGAGCAUGAGAAAUAUGAGCUUGAAAAGCAGAUUAAGGAAAAAGAUGGGAUAAGUGCUCAGCAAACUGAAAAUAUCAAAUUUGUAGAAGUAGAAAAUGUAAAGUUAAUUGCACAGAUUAAGGACCUUGAAGCUGUUAUUGCAGCCAUGAAUAAACAAAAUUUAGAAAUUAACAAUGCAAAAAUUACAUUUGAUCACAAGCAAAAUCUGCAGGUAAGGGGGCUGGAAGAACAGAAGGCCCAAACAGAGGAACUACAGCAUAUGGUAAAAAGCAAAGUCAAAGAAACAGAACUGAAAGUUAAGGAUGAUCAGCUUACCUUUAAACACAGUCUUGGCGUUUUGAAGAAUGAAACAGAAAGUGUAGAAGAAAGACUAACUUGGAUGUCUCACAGUCUUAGAUUAACUGAGCAGAAGCUUUUGGAGAUGCAGAAUGUAAAUAAAGAAAUUGCAUCUCAGAAUGAAUCUUUUGGAAAAGCAAUGGCUGCUUUACAGGAUGACCGAGAUAAACUUAUAGAAGAUUUCAAGGUGUUGCAGGCCAGAUAUGCAUCUGAAUUAAAAGAUGAAAGAGCACGAUUAUUCCAUCUUGAAAUGGAACUUAGCAGUGCUCGAUCAGAAACCAACAGCUUGCUGAAUGAAAAAUCUGUUCUCAAGCAGGCAAUUUCUGCUUUGAAAGGCAGUAGUGCUCAGAGUCAUUUGAUUAACCAAGUUGAGAAUCUUCUAAAGACCUUGUCUGAAAAAGAUCUUGAGAUCAGUCAACUCUUAACAGAGUGCAACAGCUACAGGAGACAAAUUACUUCAUUUUCAAGAGCUAUGGCAAGUCUGCAGGAUGACAGAGACAGGCUGUUGCAGGAACUUGGAAAUAAAAAAACACAUCACAAUGUAAAGCAAGAGUCUUUUGCUUCUUGUUCUGGUGCUAAUGAUAGAGCUGUUGCAGUUACUAAGCUACAGUAUGAAGAAACACUGAUGGAUGGAUUUCCUUUAUUCAGAGAUCGUGAAAAUCAAACCAUUUCAAGGGCUGAAAACAGACUCCUGGAACUUGAGAAAGCCUUGAAAGAAGCAAAAUUUGUCCAAGAGCAGAUGGAAUGUGAAAUUGCAUCUUAUCAGGCAGAGCUUGCUGAAUUACGAACUGAAAAGAACCUGUUACUGACAGAGGUUCGAACUGCAAAAGAACACCAUCUUAUGGCCAUGUCUGAAAAAGAUCAUCUGAUUUCUGAGCGGCAGAAGUAUCGCGCUAUAGCAGACAAGGGAUUGAGACAUGUUAGUGACAGUUAUCAUAUUAAGUCUUUAGAGAAGGUCAUCUUGGCUGGGAGUGAAACUUCAGAGCAAAUUGAGCGAGUUUUGACUGAAAAGGACCAUCUUCUUAAUGAAACACAGAGCUAUUUGGAGGAAAUAAAACAGAAAGAGAUUCAGAACCACCAACUCCGUUCCAAGGUAAAUCAUUUAGCAGAAGAGAAUGCAGCAUUGUCCUCCCAGGUAAAAGCAGUGUCUCAGACACUGAGAGAGACUCAGUUACAUUACAGUGACCUGCAGAAUAAUUUCUACCACCUUGAGAGGGAGUACCAGACACUGAGGGCGUCUUUCCAGGAUGUCAGACAUGAUGAAGCAAGAACAGAGGUUCCUCCUGGGGCACCACGAGAACGAGCAAGCGUUCUAGUAGAGCUAGAAAACCAAGAGCUGAGUGAACUCAAGAAAAGGCUAACAGAGACUUUGCAGCUGUAUGACUCAACCCAAGAGGAACUUUCCCACUUAAGUGAAAUUCUGACUGAUGAACGGCUUAGGAGAGAGGUAGCUGAAGAAGCACUGGUACUAGCUGAACAGGAAAUCAAACGGUUUGAUUUGAGUGAGGCCAGGUCUAAGCCAAGAGAAUUCACUAUUCAGUUGGAGUCUGAAGUGGAACAGGAAGCCUUGAUCAUAGAUCCCAGUGAGCAUGUUGUAGUUCGCAAAAUGAAAGGAGGGGCCCACUCAUUGAAAAGGUGGCUCAGAGGGCGAAGUCUCUAUUGUUCUAAGUUGGCGACUUCCAGAGCCAAGUCCCGUUACCUCUUCCUUACAUAUUUACUGUCAUUACACAUCAUUGUUUUUAUGUGUUUGACCGGUUUUAUUUAAAUGUACUGUAUGUGUUUUGGGAGCUAAAUAUUGUGAAUGAAUGCAGUACUUGCCAAAGUGUCUUUCAAUUAAGCUAUGCACUAAAAUCUUUGUAUAUAUGCCUAAAGAAAAGAAUAUGAGAUGUUAAGAGUUUAUCAGAUUUUAUUGUAUAUUGGACAACUGCUGUCACUAGGUGUAUAGUUGUCAAAGAAUGCAUAUAUUUGUAUAAAGACAGAAAGAAGAAAACAGACAUAUGGGAGGGAGGGUGAAAAUAAUUGAUCCGAUAUUGUCUCUUCAGUCUGCCUCAACCUGUGAGUAUUCUAAACUGAUCAGUUCUGGUGCUGUCCCUUUAGAAUCUUGGCUUUUAAACUCAAGCUCCUCUCCCGUAAUGCACUACACUACCUCAUCUUCGCAAAUCUCUUUUGUAACAGUUGAAGUCAGACAUGGUCUUUAGAGCUCCACUCAAGACAAGUCCUUUACAGUUUCUUUUCAGUGUAUUUUUGAUUAUUGCAGUUUUUCUCUGUUGACCUGAACAUUUUACUCACUUCCCUAAACACUUGAAGUAGGUUAUUAGUGGUACUUUCAGGUAUUUACCAAAGUUAUGGUUAGGGCUUGUGUUUGGGGGGGGGGGUUAUACCUUUCCCACCUGUACCUUCCUGGUUUUUGCACUGUUUAUCUUAUUGCUGUGCUUGUUUUGUAUAUGAUUACCGACAGCUUUGAAAAAUCCAAGCUAGAGCUAGUCCAGGCCUUGGAAUUCAUAGAUUGCCAUCUGAACACAACCAGUCAGAUUGCCAGGCUUCCUCGUUCAAGGCUCUCCUCACUCUAUCUUCAGACCUGUCAGGUUCUUCUUGCUCAGAGGCCACCGGCUUCACUUGUACUUAGUUUUCUGGGAUUAAUGACAGCUGUCAUCUCAUUAGUUCCUUUUGUCAGGUUCUACAUGAGGAUUCUCCAGUGGACCUUUUCAGCACAGUGUUCUCUGACAAGUUAUCAUAUGCAGUUUUCCAUAAGAUUGAUCAGUUUGUUGAUGCUACAUUUCUUGGUGAACAACAUCAAAAGUGUAUUGCCAGGGUGGCCCUUUUUUCUUCCCCCUCCCUCGGCCAUGGUGAUCAUGGCCGCUUCCCGUUUAAGAUUGGAGAUUGGUGGGCACUUUGAGGAAAGGACAGACCAAAGUACCUGGUCCCAGUUAGAGAUCAGUUUAUACGUCAGUGUUUUGGAGAUGAGAGAGGUCCUGCUGGUGUUGCAAGCUUUUCACUUCAUAAAUGCCUCCCCAAAGGUGGAAUGUCAGUCCAGACCAGCAAUAUAGCAAUAGUCUAGGAUAUCAGCAAACAGGGCAGAACCCAGUAUUAGCCCCUGUGUCAAGAGGCAGUGAGGGUAUGACGAUAGGUGAUGUCUUCCCAAUGCUUUCUGACUGCAACACACUUUCCGGGGAAAUCCAGCAUCCUAGUGGACAAGUUGAGCAGGAGUAUUGUAAUGCCUCAUAAGUGGUCUCAUUCUUGUCAGUAGCAGCAUAAAUCUUCGGCCACUGGGGCCAACCUUGCUGUGAUCUGUUUGCAACACCUUACAACACAAAGCGCAUCAAGUUUAUUUCCCUGAUUCCCCAGAAGGGGCAGUCACCAAGAGAUGCUGUAGUCCACGUUUGGCCCCUGGGUCUCCUCUGCACAUUACACUUACAUUUUACUGAAAGUAGCUUGGUACAAGGUGACUCUUUGUGCUAGACUAAUGACAACUGGAGUUUUUUAAGCCUAGCCAUGCACCCUAAAUUAAAUCGGCAACAUUUAUUAAGAGCAGUGUCAAGCCAUUUUGUAUUGUUUGAGGUUAAUAGGUAAAUAGUAGGCAAUCUGUCUGCAGAUUAUUACAUGUCUAGCCAAUAAUUGGGCAGUGACCAAAGGUGAGCAUUAAGCCUUUUAUCUUGUGUCUAGGAGGUAAACACCUUAAUCAUUAUGCUAACCCCCAGCCAUAUGAUCUUCAUUACUCUCUUCUGGCCCAGACAAGUUUGAUGCCCCUUCUGAGACUUUACCUGGUUGACCGUCUUUAACUUCUGGAUCCAGUCCCAUAUCUAAUCUCUUACCUGUUGGGUCCCACCCGGAUCUCAAAUUCCUCAAACUAAUCGCACAGUUUCCCCACUUACACUGAUGGCCAGGAAUCCCAGGCUGUCUUCCAGAGUGGUGCAUAUAUUUUCCACCAGAAAAUUUAGGAGAUUUAGUAUUUGGGCCAUUUCUAAAGGUCUGGACCCAUCUUCAGCACCCUUUGAUGUAGGUGAUUUAUUUUCAGUUAGGGGCAAGCUGUUCAGUUGGCAAGGAAGAGUUAGCUGCUAUCUCUAGUUUUCAUGUUGGUUAAGAUCAUUCUUCCAUAGCUUCCCUGAGACUUUCUAAAGCCUUUUUGAAGGAGGCAUUUUUUUGUCUGGUCCUUGAGAUAUCCAUUUCCUCCCUGGUACCUGUCUUUGUAUUUUGUGUUAACAGAGAUUCAUGUUGAGCUUACUGUAAAUGCAGGCCUAAAGUAUAUAUUUUGGAAAAUUCAGUUUUGUGUUGUAGUGACUUCUACUAAUUAAGUAUAUGAACUUCAGGCUUUGUCCUGUAAGUGUCCUUAUAUAAUUUCUCACAAGUACAUGGUAUCAUUAUGAACUAAUCCAGCCUUUUGCCUAAGAUGGCCCGAGUCCAGCUGAAACCAGUGUAUUCAUUUGCUAGUGUUUUUCCUCAGUGUUCAGUAAUAAGGGCAAAUACAUUCUUCACUGUUUGGAUAUCCAAAGACAAUUAAAAUUUUGGUUACACAGAAUGAAAGACAUAAGGAAAUCUGAGCAUGUUUUGUCCUUUUCCAGAGUUACACAAGGAAAAAGGGUGUUGGUGACUUUGUUCAGAUGGUUUACUGAGUGUAUUCUUUUGUUUACAAGAAUUAUGGGUUGUCCUUAUCAUUCAAACCAAAAGCUCCUUUCACUAGAGCAGUUACUACCUUUUUAGCCACUCUUCUUCAGACAAAAUUUGUUCAGCAGUUACUUGGCCUAAUACUCGUACCUUUGUAAGUUAUUGUAAACUUGACGUUCAGUCUAAGUUAAGGACUACUUUUGACUCCACCAUUUUCUGGAACAUUCUUUCUUAGUAUCACCUGGAUAAGCCUGUCUGGGGACUGUGUCUCACUGAUUGAGGCAGACAGAAGACAAAACAGUGGAUAUGAAUGUUUUGCACUUACCGUAACACUAGAUCCAUUUGUUUUCUUCUGUCCAUCUAACAUCCCCUCCGUCUGUCUCCCAUCCAAACUGUCAUUUGUGAUUUUUGGCUCCUAGUGGACUUUGCAAGUCUUUCUGAAAUUUUCUGCAGCUAGAUCCCUUUGGAUCUUGCGUUGAUGUUUUUCAGAGGUUUUUUGUACAGGGAUCGUGUAUGCUGGGGUAAACUCAAUCUGAGGAGAUGAGGUAAUACAGGAAAUUGUGGGAAGGCAGAUUGAGUUUUGGAGAUAAGAUUCUAGAGUGCCAUCAUCGGAGCCAGUUGGAUCCAGUGACUCGCAGGCUGAGAGAGAUGGAAGAAGACAAUACGAUCUGAUGUUAUGGGAAGUACAUAAGCUUCAUUUAUAGCACCUUUCCAAGUGACAGCUAUUCAAAAAUGUUUAUUUUAAAAUUGAUAAAAAUAUCUACACUACUGGAAAAUGCUGCUGAGUUCUACAUGUAAAUUAAAUUGUUAUAUAUAUAUAUAUAUAUAUAUAUAUAUAUAUAUAUAUAUAUAUAUAUAUAUAUAUAUAUAUGGCAUUUAUUUAAUAAUGUGCAGACACUGUAAAUUGUAAAGUUGAAUGGUUACAGACUUCCUGUUUGCAGCAAGAAGUCACACCAAGUGCAAUAAAGAAUGUUCUAUUUGUGUCUUUUGUUUGACACAGUA